CUCCCGUGAACCUCCGAUUUGGGCACAAAUCAGCGAGGCUUCUUAAAUUCAACUAAAUUGUUAUAUUGUGUUCCACAGUCAACAUUUUUGGGGUUAUUGGCUGUUAUUUUGGAGUUAUUGGGUAAUUCGACGCAAAUUGUUAUUAUGUGUUAUUUUGGAGUUCGGCCUAUUGGGUAAUACGACGCGCCCUACGUUAUCAUAAUCAUGAUGCAUAUAUUUGAAAUGAAUUCCGGUAGUCUUUCAAAUAAAUUCACCUACAGCGCCCUUUUCUGGCCAGCGGAGAGAUCAAAAUGUAUUAUACAUUUAAAAUAAGUGAGUUUUGUGGGAGGAAUCCGGGAUUUUAGAAGUGAAUUCCGGUGAAUUCCGGUGAUUGUAAAUGAUUUCCGGUGAAUUCCGGUGAUUAGUCUUCCCGCCUGUGGCUGCAUAUUUUUUUCAUUUUGGUCGAAAUACGUUUGAUUUCAGUUUAAUUGAUGUAAAUGUAUCAUUAUCCAGUCUAUUAAUGCAAUAUGUAGUACUUACUUACAUAUAACCGUCACUGGUGUAAUGGAAAGAGAUGUUAUAAAAUGAUUUGAAGUCAUAACGAUUAGCCUAUCAUAAUGAUAAUAGGCCUACUAAUGAUAUUAAAUAUGAAUUACUAUUUUUAUUAUUAGCCUUUCUUUUGAAACUAAAUAAAUCGCACAUAUUUCUUUUUACAAUAAAAAUCUCAAUCAAAUGGGUGAGAUUUUUCAUGGUUUUGAGUUGCUGCUCUUUAAAAGGUUCCAGUCUCACCCCGACCAGUGGAGAGAAUGGAGAGGAAAAUUAAUGGAGAAAGUUGGGAAAUCGGGAUUGGUCAUUGAAGAUUUAGACGAUUUGGGUAAUAUCCCUCAAAAUCUCUGGUAUUUAUCUGUAUCACUGCAUACCAGACAGAAAUAUUUACUCUCAUUGAUGAAAGAUGAAAUAGAAAGAGAGAAGAAAAAGCAAAUACCUCGUCAAAAUGAAACUUUGUUAUCACAGUAUUUGUCCCAACACCAGUUUACAGAGUUCCAUUUAGACAGUAUGUUUAAAUAUGGCGAUGAUAAUCGACUGGCGAGAGAGAUAUUUCAGUGUAAGAAUGUGCGCUAUUUGUCCUUGAAGUAUAACAGUUUAGACAGUUUACCCCCAGAUAUAGGACGUUUAACAAAACUUCAAUAUCUUGCCUUAACAAACAAUAAAUUACAAGUGCAAUCCAUUCCAUAUACUUUAAGAUUCUGUAAAAACCUCAAAACAUUACUACUAGACAAUAAUCUACUGGAUGCUUUGCCUGGAUAUCUUCUACAAAUAUCCUCCAUAGAAACUAUUCAUCGACAUGGAAAUCAUAACUAUUUUAAAGCCACUUUUAUGUGGUAUCAUACAGAUGUAAACUACCGUAUUAUACCAAUAUUUGAAACAAAUGAUAAUGGUGUCUUGCAGAAACAUGAGAGUCUACAGUUUUGGGCAGCAAAAGCAGUGAUUGCUUCCAAAAAAGACUUCUUUAGUGAUCCUUCUGUUGCUAUUGUUUUAAGAGAUUAUAUAGCAGAUAUAUAUUCCUUAUUUAAUAUCUGUCACAAUUGUUAUACAGCAACUUUAGCCAAUAAACCAGGAUAUAAAAUCAUCACUUUCAAAAAUCCAUAUUUGGGUAAUACCUGUGUACCAUUCCAACACUGGGCAUGUUCUGCAGAUUGUGCUCGGGCUUUAGAAGUACCAGCAAGGAUCGAACAAAUCCAGGCCUCGCAGGAACUUGAUCGUAAAUAUGACGACUAUAUAGAAGAUUGUCAGAAUCGAUUUUACAAUAGCCGUAAAUCUAUGUUAUCUUGUAGUUCUAUAUCCACUCCCAGUACAGAGGUUGGUUUGUCAUCUAGUCCUGAAAUCAUCAACAGUAAAUGUCAUUGUCAGAUAUUAUAAUGUGAAAUCUUAUGCCGUCCUCAAUAUGAUAAAAUACACAAUUAAAAAUGUAUUUUUUAUACUGUAUUACAACAGAAUAUCUGUAAGUAACAUGUUUAAUUUAUAGUAUAUCUAUAGAAAACAGUUACUUCUUACGUGCAAUUUGAUAUGUAAAUAGUUUAACUAGAAAAUGAUCUUCACAAUUGAAAGUGUUCAUAAUUUCAACUUCAUAACACUUUAAAAUAUUCCCCCUUACAUACCAUCCUGUUACUUUUCAAUGUACAAACUGGGACUUUUCAUCACUGGAUUCAAGAAGGAUUAUUACUGAGCAUUUUCUUAACUUCAACCUGUUCUGUUAAGUAAAAAUGUACUCUAUGUUUGGGUUUUUUUUUCAAAUCUUUGAUUUAUAUGGCAAGUUUCUUUAUAUAUUUAUUGUCAUUUUUAUUUUUGAAAAGUUCAGUAUUUAUUUAUAGUUAUUCAUUAUUUGGGAUGAUGAAUAAAUCAAGACCAUUACUAGUC